CGGCGCGGCGGGGCGGGGAGGGCCGGGCCGGGGCGGGGCGGCGCGGAGGGGCUGCGGAGCGCCCGGGAUUCCCUGCGGAGCCGCGCGGCCUCCGGCUCCCAGUGUCCACCCCGCCGGUCGCCGGCCCGCCGCGCCCUCCGGUCCUCCCGACAGCCGGUCAGGGCGGCGCCCGGGAAGAUGUACCAGAGCCUGGCGCUGGCCCCGAGCCCCGGCCAGGCCUCGUACGCCGACUCGGGCGCCUUCCUGCGCACCCCGGGCGCCGGUUCCCCGGUGUUCGUGCCGCCCGCGCGCGUCCCCUCCAUGCUGCCCUACCUGCCGGCGUGUGAGCCAGGCCCGCAGCCCCCCGCGCUGGCCGCGCACCCCGGCUGGGCGCAGGCGGCCGCGGCGGACUCGUCGGCCUUCGGCUCCGGCAGCGCGCACCCGCCGGUCGCCCAGCCGCCCGGGACCGCCGCCUUCCCCUUCGCGCACGGCCCCCCGGGGCCCGGCGGCGGUGGCCCCAGAGCGGGGACUCGCGACGGCAGAACCUACCAGGGCGCGCUGCUGGCUCGAGAGCAGUUCCCGGCCCCGCUUGGGGGGCCCGUGGGCGCCUCGUACCCCACCGCGUACCCGGCCUACGUGAGCACCGAGGUGGGCCCGCCCUGGACCUCCGGGCCCUUCGACGGCAGCGUCCUGCACGGCCGCCCGGCUGGCCUCCCUGGCCGCAGAGCCACCUUCGUGUCAGACUUCUUGGAGGAGUUCCCGGGCGAGGGGCGCGAGUGCGUCAACUGCGGGGCCCUGUCCACGCCGCUGUGGCGCCGCGACGGCACCGGACAUUACCUGUGCAACGCCUGCGGCCUCUACCACAAGAUGAACGGCGUCAACCGGCCACUCGUGCGGCCCCAGAAGCGCCCGUCCUCGUCCCGCCGAGCUGGCCUCUGCUGCACCAACUGCCACACGACCAACACGACGCUGUGGAGGCGCAAUGCUGACGGCGAGCCGGUGUGCAACGCCUGCGGCCUCUACACGAAGCUGCACGGGGUGCCGCGGCCCCUGGCCAUGAAGAAGGAAAGUAUCCAGACCCGGAAACGGAAGCCUAAGAGCAUCACCAAGACCAAGGGCUCCGCAGAGCCCUCAGGAAACCCUCCAGCCUCCCCGUCGUCCUCUGUCCCUGACCCUGAGAGCUCAGUGACCACUUUGAAACCUGAGCCCAGCAUGGCAUCCCCCUCAUGCCCUGGGCCCAGCAUCACCUCACAGCCCUCGGCCCCCAGGCUGGCCUCAGUGGGGCCCUGCACCAGGAGGCCUGGUGUGCCAUGGCCUUGGCCUAGGUCCCUGGGCACCCACCCAACCCACCUCGCUGCCCGCUUCACUCCAGCACAGCAGAGAGAGACUGCCAGGCCCACCCACCAGAAGAGACUGGAGCCAGCAGGAUGGAGGCACUGGGCAUCCGGCAGCUUGGUGGCAGCGAGGCCCCAGAGGAGGAGGACGCCUGGUGGGAAAAGCCCCUGCUGGACAGCAGAGGACCCCCAAAUGCUGUGUGAGGCUCAGAGCCACACUGGGCACUCCAGCCAAGGCUGACCCGGGGCGCCCAGCACCAGCUUGAGUUCUGGAUGUCCACGCUCGCACCGUCAUGGUUACAGGUUGCAGCAGUUGGAAGAACCCCAACCUCCUGUGGUAAAACCAGGAUCGUAAGUGAAACGGCCGAGGCCAGGCAGGUGGCAGGAGUGCAGGGAGCAGCCUCAUUGGAGGCUCCCCUCGGGCCUGGGGGACUGUCUGUCUCUCACAUUGAUGGAUCGAUCCAUGGCUCAUAGAACUUUCCCUUCUGUGAGUUCAGGGCGCCCAGGGACACGUGUGCAGGUCGUGCGCUGUAUCAGGACACCUCCCUGAGAGGAAGCGUUCACAUCACCGUCAGGGACUCCUGUAUUUAUUAGGACGGUUUUUCCAGAGGGAGCGGUAAAGGGCCUUGUUCUGAUUGCAUCUGUGCACUGUGACCAUUUUUGACAGAGUGAAGUGCCGAGCCCCCGUUCUGACACACACAGAUGCUCUCAGGGCUGCUGGGGGGUUGACCACUUACCCUGGCUUAUCUGGGACUGUCCCAGUUUAGUCUGUUCUCCCAGAAAAAUUAUGAACAACAUCCCCUUUCACUUACAAAAGCCCUUCCCUCACAGGGUUGAUGGAUAACUUAGUUGGUCAUACUGGCUAGAGGCAACAACUCAGCAAAGCCGAAUGGCUCCCAACAGCAUGGUGCUGGGGAGACGACCGGAGCGGAGGGGAGUGGGGCACAUCCUGGGGAAGGGCCGCACCCUCACUUCUGCCCAGUAAUAAGACCUGAUCGUCCCAGAAAAAUGAGAAACCUGGAUUUUUUUCUUCUUAAAACUUGUACCCCCCAGAGCACAAGAAAACCCAUUCAUACCCAAUUUGGGAAUGUAUUUUUUUAAUGUGAAGUUUUCUAGUUGAAAGCUUUUUUUCCCACUUAACUCCAAUUUGAUUAAAAAAUCUUUAAAAUACUGUGAGCCAACUAGAAUAGUUUUGGGCCUGUCCCCAUUGUGUCACUCUGUCCCCAUUGUGUCACUCUGUAUAAAACUUCUUUUCAUAUUUAAAAACAUUCCUUCCUGGCAUCAGUUUCCCAGGUGUAUCAGUUCAUCCUGAAUUUGUACCUUGAGUUCAACCAGCCUGGUUUAUACAUGAAGUUGUCUUUUUUCAAAGGCAAGUGAUGCUGUGAGAAAAAAAUCCCUAGUGAAGACCUUGAUUCUGUUCCCCUUUCCCCAAACACCUGUGGGCCUCAUCCUCGCCUGGCAGGUCAGUGGGGCCCACAUUCAUUCAAACUGUCUCUCCCUUUGGAAACAUGUCCCUGAGGGGACCUCCCUGGCAGCUCGGAGUCAUGCCAGGAGACCUCGGGGCAUGUGUAGGGCCUGAUAAGACCCGUAAACACUGAGUACCUUCGAGGU